CCCCUCCCACACACACACACACACACACACUCCCCCCCCCUCCCACUCCCAGUCUUUCUCGGCCGCAUAAACAUCCCUCAAAACAAAACAUAAAAAAAAAAGCAUGGCUUCACCAAUUGCCAACUACCCUCCCACGGGCAUUAGUCUUGUCAUAGUAGGCGCCGGAUUCGGUGGCCUCACCGCGGCAGUGGAGGCCCACUUGAAAGGCCAUCAAGUGCUUGUCCUCGAAAAGGCGGCGAAAUGGGAACAGCUGGGGGAUAUCAUCUCAAUCAGCCCUAACGCAGGGAGGAUUCUGUCCAGAUAUGAUUGCACAAUGGUCACAGACAAGCUCAACGCAUUGUGCAUGCACCAUGAUGUCUUCCGUAUCCACACACAUACGGGCGAGUGGGUUCUGGAUCAGCCGAAAUUCCCCUCGAGCCCAGAGCGGCCCAUGUACAAUGGUCACCGCGCAGACUUUCACCGCGUAAUCUACGAAUACGCUGUCUCACUGGGUAUCCCAAUCAUCAUGGGACAGCGGAUAGCCUCAUACCACGAGGACGACCGGGAGGGGAAAGCCUGGGUUGUCACGGAAGAAGGCAAGAUUUUCAAGGGCGACGUUGUCGUCGGUGCCGAUGGCGUCCGCAGUAAGGCACGAAAACUGGUUCUCGGCUAUGACGAUAAGCCGAGGACAAGCGGUUAUGCCGUCUAUCGUGCGUGGUUCAAUGUCGAGGAAGCGGGCAUCGGAAACGAUCCCUUGACGAGGGAGUUCGUUGCGAAUGGUGACACCCAUACGGGCUGGCUGGGACCAGACGUUCACUUUCUUGUCGCCACAUGCAAAGGAGGUAAAGAACUAUCGUGGGUCUGCACCCACAAGGAUGAUGCCGAUAUCGAGGAAUCCUGGAGCCUCCCCGGUAAAAUCGACGACGUCCUGAAAAUACUCGAGAAUUGGGAUCCUAGGUGCAGGGCUAUCGUAUCAAAGACUCCUUCCUGUGUCGACUGGAAGCUUGUGCACCGCGACCCGUUGCCCACAUGGAUCACUCCCGCCGGGCGCACCUGUCUACUCGGAGAUGCAGCCCACCCCUUCCUUCCCACCAGCAUUCAGGGGUGUAGUCAAGCCAUCGAAGAUGGCUGCGCACUGGCAACCUGUCUCGCCCUCUCGCACGCGGACCCCGCCGUCUCCGCGCACCAGAAAGUCCCCACAGCACUGCGAACCUACCAACGCCUGCGCUACGAGCGGGUGAAGGAGGCCCAGAAGGGCGGUGAAAAGGUCCGCGACAUGUGGCACAAGGCCGACUGGACCAAAGUGAGGGAGAAUCCAGAGAGCAUCAAGCUGCCGCGGGCGGACUGGCUGAUGCUACACGACUGCGAGCGAUUUGUGAGACGACUCUGGCGAUAUGCUAGCGUUGAGGGCACCGAGCUGAAGAGGGAGUGGCUUGCGGCUGGACCCGAGAGCGAUGAGGCACUUUACACCGAGUUUCCACCGACACCGGUGCUUACUCCUAGUGAGGAGCUGGAGAAGAGGCUCGAGUAAUUGAUUCAUUGUUUUCCCCCCCUUUGUUUGGUAGAGAGGUGUGGUUUUGUAUGGUAUAUGAGUUUCGUCGGCGUUUUUUUUUUGUGUUUGGGGGGGGG